UCUGAUCUCUGCUCCAGCCGUCCACUGCUUUAAUUGUGUGAGAAAGCAUCUGUUUUUCAACAUGUUGGUGCUGGAGGAUGUUGAGCAACUCUCCUUUGCGCAGCUGGAAAUGAAGCUCAAACAGGAUCUGGCUCACCUGGGACCGCAUGUUUUCAGCGUGGACCUGUACAGGGUUUUAAGGACCACACUGAAGGGAGUGACUCAGGACCCCAGCCGUAAAUUACUCCUGUCUCAGUCGCUCGGGCCUGGUGCACAUGCUUCUGUGCAUGUCAAUCUGACCGAUCUGACUGAAACCUGGAGAAAGCCAGGCAAGAACUACGGGAUGCAUGUUGAAUUGCAGCAGCAUGCUUCAGGAGCAUGCAUAUGUGGAAAGCACACAUUCACAGCUCCAAAUUGCUCGGAUGCAAGAGUUGUGCACAUCUCUGGUGGUGGUGUCAUUGAAUCCGUUUCAGUAAGGUCCAGAAGAACCCGAAAGUUUGAAUGGGACAAACCACGCCAUCCAGCAGACACUGGUCCAUUCGUUUGA